ACUCAGGAAUUCAACACUUCAGAAAUCCUGCUGGACUUGAUUGGUGAUCAGCUCGCUUAUAUUCACCUCCAGUGAGGCACAGAGCCGCAGAAACCUCUUCAGGACUAGACCGGGUCAAGCACGCGCACACUGGACCGGACUCAGCUCAUCACCGCGUGCCAGAUUUAUUCUAAGGAAAGUUUUCUUUUUUAAGAAAACAGUUGGAGUUUUAAAUUACUACAAUAUGUCUCUUUUACCUGACGAUGCGGCCUUUGCUGACUUCAGAAAGCAGUGUUUAUCAACGGACAGCUGGUACAACAAGUAUGAUAAGAAUGGGAUGCAGGUGUGGGUCGAAAAUCCUACUCUGGAAAAAGAACCAACAAAGAAAAAUAACGUGCCAAAAGUCCACAAGAUCAAGUGUAAGAUGACAAUCAAUGAUGUCUCAGCGGCCACUAUGUACGACGUCCUUCAUGACGGCCAGUACCGUAAGAAGUGGGAUCCCGCCAUGUUGGAAAGUUUUGACAUUGCUCGGCUCUCUGCUAAUGCUGAUGUGGGCUACUACUCAUGGCUUUGUCCCAAACCUAUAAAGAACAGGGACGUGGUGAGUCUGCGUUCAUGGCAGGUUCAAGACGACGAGUACACCAUCAUGAACUUCUCCGUCAAACAUCCGAAAUACCCUCCUCGCAAGGACCUGGUGAGGGCCAUCUCCAUCCUCACUGGCUAUUUUAUCAAACCCACAGGACCAAACAGCUGCACGUUCAUAUAUCUAUCACAAGCUGACCCCAAAGGUUCUCUUCCAAAAUGGGUGGUGAACAGAGCUUCUCAAGUUCUUGCUCCACGGGUGAUGAAAUGUGUACACAAGGCGGGACAGAACUACCCGGAGUGGAAACGAAAGAACGAUCCCGACGAGAAGCCCUGGCUGUUCCCGUUGCAGAGCAACCUGGCCAUGAUGGACCCGGCCGAGCUGUCCAUACAGAGGGGCGACUCACUAGAAAACGUGGAUGAGAGUUCCAAGGUGGCCUCAGAGGACAGUGAAGACAGCAGCUAAAUCCCAUUUAAACAGAGGAAGAGAGUGGAGGAUGGACUGUAUAUAUACUCACAAUUUCAGCAAGACUUGAGACCUCCAACUCUGUGAAGCCACCCUGAUGCUCAUGAAUAUUUAUCUGAAUCAGUGUGCCUUUUGGGAUGAGCAACAGCAUGAAGUGUUUACAGCUGUCUCCGCAGACGGAAACGAGCACAGAUCAAAUUGCCAUUCACUGACUAAGCUAAACAUCUCUCCAGUGUUUGCCACCAGGCUUUAAAAAAAAAUUUUUUUACAGACUCAGAGGUGUUGGGUUUGAAUGUGUAGUCGUAACAGCACUAUAUUUACAAUGGGUAGCUACGUAAAACCUACGUGAGCACAUUUUAAAUGAAGAAACGAAGCGUCGUCUUUACAAGUGACUGUGAAUGGAAAUUAGAGGAAUAACUGUUUGUACUGAAAAGUGAAGUGAAAUUAUUUUUUUUCUUUGUUGAAUGUCAGAUCAGAAUUAUAACUCACAUUUUAAAUGACUAGUUGCAGUUAAAGAAUAGGUUUCAUGUUAAUGAGUCAACUUAAAAACCUAAAAGGGCGAGGCGGUUUUUCCUGCUACUGAUUGUUUUUAAAUGUGAAAUUUUAUUUAGUCAUGUUGGUAUGUUGUUUGUAACUUCAAUGUAAAACACAGGAAGACAGUUUGAAGGUUUAUUGUAUUUAUUCAGACGUGUACAAAGGUUCAUACAGUAAUUCUUAUUCUAAGUUAAACAGACUAACCACGUAUUUGGCACUAAUUAAGGGCAUCACUUGUUGAUCUCUGAGAUCAAAACUCUAGUUAGAUUGUAUUAACAUUUAAAAUGUAUAUAGCAAGUUGUCAGUUGAACAUCUCUUUACCUGAAGGACUGUAGUGACCGUAAAGGAUAUCUUUUAUUUAUUUAUUUGACGUUUCUGUAAGCUUACAUGAAGUCCUGACGGAAUGAAGACUCUGGAAUGAAGCCCUGCAGGCUGAGCUGGUCUGUUUUGUUCUUAAGAUAUUUGAUGUCGAAUGUUACAGUCUUGACUUUUUUUUUUUUUUU